AUGUCUUCCUUUAUGGUCGAGCUGUGGGAGUCCAUCUUCGUUCCUGGGCCCACGCCCGUGAUCCUGCGCGCGACCAACGCCACCUUCGCCGCGCUCCAGGUCACGCUGUUUGCGCUCCUUGUCAGCACAUACAGCAUCCACUUUGUGAUCCUUUCCGUCCUCUCCGCCGGCCUGUGGUGGUCCAUCAACUGGUUCGCAGCCGAGUUGGCGGCCGCGAAAGCACGUGGGGAUAUUCCUGCUGGCGACGGCGACGACGCCGGCGGCGGCGACCCGGCUCCCGCCGACGGCAAGAAAGUCGCCGGGCAGACGGCUACGACGGCGGCGGCACCGGCACCAACAGCGCCCAAGGAGAACAGCGAUGAGGAUACCGAGGUGGAGAGCCAGGCAAAGCAGCGAGGCAGGAAGAGUAAGAAGAAGAGCAAAGGCAAUGUUGCUGGCGUGGCCAAAUCAUCGGCAGAUGUCGAAGCGGUCGAGGCAAAGGGAGAAUUGAAGCAUCGUGUGGCGUCCCUGUCGGACUCGACAGGCUUCACGUCCCAGUCGAGUGUCAGCACCGAGGACGAGUGGGAGAAGGUCUCAGAGAGUGAGAACGACAAGACCAAGUAA